CUAGUGGGAAAACAUGGCUGCGCCCGCGCUAGGGCCGGCUCGAGGACGAGGCACCUGGCUCGGUCUCGUUCUCUCUUUGCCUCUGCUUUUGCUGCUGGGCCGGGCGGCGGGAGGCGAAGAGGCCGGGGCCGAGGCGGGCGCGGCGUCCCUCGCGGGCUCGUGCGGUUGUGGCACUCCCCAGCGGCCCGGGGCCCAUGGCAGCUCGGCGGCCGCGCAGCGAUACUCGCGGGAGGCGAACGCCCCGGGCUCGGUAGCCGGAGAGCGGCCGUUCCCGCCCACCAAGAUGGUCCCCAUCCCUGCCGGAGUAUUUACAAUGGGCACAGAUGAUCCUCAGAUAAAGCAGGAUGGGGAAGCACCUGCGAGGAGAGUUGCUAUUGAUGCCUUUUACAUGGAUGCCUAUGAAGUCAGUAAUGCUGAAUUUGAGAAGUUUGUGAACUCAACUGGCUAUUUGACAGAGGCUGAGAAGUUUGGUGACUCCUUUGUCUUUGAAGGCAUGUUGAGUGAGCAAGUGAAGUCUGAUAUCCAACAGGCAGUGGCAGCUGCUCCCUGGUGGUUACCUGUUAAAGGCGCUAACUGGAGACACCCAGAAGGGCCCGACUCUACUGUCCUGCACAGGCCAGAUCACCCGGUUCUUCACGUCUCCUGGAACGACGCCGUCGCCUACUGCACAUGGGCCGGGAAGCGGUUGCCCACGGAAGCCGAGUGGGAGUACAGCUGUCGAGGAGGCCUGCGAAAUAGACUCUUCCCCUGGGGCAACAAACUGCAGCCGAAGGGCCAACAUUAUGCCAACAUUUGGCAGGGCGAGUUUCCUGUGACCAACACCGGAGAGGACGGCUUUCGAGGGACUGCGCCUGUUGACGCCUUUCCUCCCAAUGGUUACGGCUUAUACAAUAUAGUAGGGAAUGCCUGGGAGUGGACUUCAGACUGGUGGACCAUUCACCAUUCUGUUGAAGAAACGAUUAUUAAUCCAAAAGGCCCCCCUUCUGGGAAAGACCGGGUGAAGAAAGGUGGAUCCUACAUGUGCCAUAAGUCCUACUGCUACAGGUAUCGCUGUGCUGCUCGAAGCCAGAACACACCUGACAGCUCCGCUUCAAAUCUGGGAUUCCGCUGUGCAGCCGACCACCUGCCCACCACAGGCUAAGAGCCACGAAGAGCCUUCCUGAAUCGGAGAAGAAGUCAUGUCUAACCUGCACGCGGCUUCCCUCAAAGGCUGAACAACCUCGUGUGAAGAAUUCCCACCCCGAGGUGGGUUACAUACCUGCCCAAUGGCCAAAGGAACCAUGUGGCGAGACCAAAUAGCUGACCUGCAUCAGCAAGUGUGCUUUAUUGUGUGGUGUAUUUCAUGUUUUACUUUUGAGAGUCUUUUAAAGAGGAAGGCGGUGGAGGGCACCCUGAGCUAGGACUCAGGAGGUCUGCGUUCUACCCAGGCUCUGCCGCUGGGGUUAGACCCCGGGGUCCCACGCUUGACCUUCCUGGGCCUCAGUGACCUCAUCUGUCCAGUGAGGGGAUGCACAACAUGAUGUCUGAGGCUGUCUCCCAACUCGCAUAUUGUCUGAAUAUAUCAGAUUCUAUUGUGAUUUCAUAGUGAGAAUCUAUGGCAGGUUGUUUUUUAGCUGUUUUUUCCCAUGUGUGAACCUUGGGUAAUACUAAUCAUGUAAAAUAAUUGUUCUCUUAUAUAUUAUUUUCAGAAAAGAAUGGGGGGGGGGUGGCAGUGAUGGGUCUUUAUAUUCAUACUGCACUUUGUUUUUUCAAGGAAAUCAGUGUCUUUUACAUUGUUAAAAUGAAUCCCACUUGGGCCGGUGAUGGUGCGCUCAAGUUCAGCAAUCUGAACACGCAGGGAUGUCUGUGAGGUGACUUUACUGUGCUUUAUAUUUUAACAUUAAGUGCCUUUGGUUCAGGGGGGCAGUUACAAGCCCUAUUUCCCCCUCUCCCCAAAGCCUUUGGUGAAUGUGAAAUGUUUGCUACAUGGAGAAACCAGUUUAAUUCUAAAUGUAG